AUGAGCUACUUUGGCACGCCCAAGGUCGAGGUGACGCGGCCCGCCGACGACGACGAGGCCGCGGCCCUCAAGGGCGACGUGACCCCGGGCGAGACGAAGGACUGCGGCGCGCCCGACGGGCCGGGCGUGGAGCUGGCGGGCCGCAAGACGCCCACGCGGCGGCCGUCGCUGCCGACGAUGGGGACGAGCGACGCGAUCAACGCGACGAUCUUCCAGAUGCGGAAGCUGACCAAGGACAAGUACGGGCGCAACCUGACCAUCGACCCGCUCAAGAACCAGUACGCCCAGUGGUGGGACGCCGUCAUCUGCGUCGCGCUCGUCUACACGGCCCUCGUGCCGCCCGCGGAGGUCGCGUUCUCCAAGGGCGACGACGCGGUCCGCGUCGACGCGCUCUUCUGCAUCAACCAGGUCAUCAACUUCGUGUUCUUCGUGGACAUGAUCCUCCAGUUCUUCCUCCACGUCCAGCUCCCCAAGGCCCAGGGGUCCAUCUGGAUCCGGAGCCACCGGAAGAUCAUCCUCCGCUACGUGCAGGGCGCGUUCUUCCUCGAUUUCAUCUCGAUCAUCCCCUUUGGCGCGCUCUCCUUCACGGACAUCGCGAUCUUCCAGGAGCUCCAGGUCGUGCGGCUGUUGCGGCUGCUGCGCCUCGUGAAGCUGCUGCGCAUGCUCCGGGGGAGCCGGCUCAUCAUGCGGUACCGCGCGUCGAUGACGCUGUCGAUCACGGGCGCGAACCUCAUCGGGUUCCUCGUCGUGACGAUCCUGGCGAGCCACUGGCUCGCGUGCCUCUGGGGCUACGCGGGGAAUCUCAUCGGGGGCAAGGAGAACUCGUGGAUGGCGACGUUCCUGCGCGACGACGACGACGACGACUACGACGGCGGCCGGCGGCGGAACCACGUGACCUGGGACAUCGAGGACACGAAGGUCCAGUACCUGCUGUGCCUCUACUUCACGCUGACGACGCUCACGACCGUGGGCUACGGCGACGUCCACGCGCACAACGUCGCGGAGCGCGCGGUCGUGAGCGUGAUGAUGCUCUACGGCGGGCUCAUGUGGGCGUGGAUCAUCGGCGCGGUGACGCAGGCCGUGACGACGCUCGACGUGAAGAAGAUCCAGUACAACCAGACCUACGACCAGAUCAACUGGAUGCUCCUGGAUCUGGGCGUGGACAAGUCGCUCUGCCGCGACACGCGCGAGUUCCUGCUCAACUCCGUCGAGAUCGAGCGGCGGCUGGAGUACAGCAGUUUGAUCCAGCACCUGUCACCCGAAUUACGGUGCAAGGUCUGCGAGAACGUCUUCGCGUCGCGGCUGAACGUCGUGCCCUACUUCCGGGACGUGAGCCAGCUCCUACGGCUGGGCAUCUUCGAGCGGCUCACGCACCUCCUCUUCGCGCCGGACGAGGUCAUCAUGCAGCGGAAGACGCUCAUGAUCAUCGCGAACCACGGCUACGUCGGCUGCAAGGGCCACCUCCACAUGCGGGGCCAGCCCAUCUUCCUCGACUUCCUGACCGCGGACGAGGACCCGCCGCCGCGCGCGAUCUCAUUGAAGUUCACGGAGGUCUACGCGCUCACGCGCGACGCGCUGAACGCGGUCUGCGAGGACAACCCCAACGACACGUACCAGAUCUCCAAGGCCAAGGUCUACUACGGCAUCAUCAAGCUCGCCAAGGAGAUCCGCCAGUACGGCGCGGAGCUCGAGCUGCCCGAGCGGAAGCGGGGCCACGCGUUCGAGCCGCGCCACUCCGUGUCCCCGCGCACGAAGCUCGCGAAGCGCGUCGCGUCGGACCUGCGCGACGAGGGCCCGGCGCGGCCGCGGCCGGCCGUGCGCCGCUCCCUCAGCGCCAAGGGCGAGCGGAAGCAGUUCGGCAAGGCCUGGGCCGUGUCCGCGUCGCCGGACCGCGCGAGCCCCGCGGAGCUCCGCAACGCGCGCGCCGUGUCCCGCACUCCCGACCGGGGCGCGGCGCUCGCGCCGGGCCACGCGCGCGCCCUCGGCCACGGCUGCGAGCCCAUCGCCGAGGAGGCCGGCUCCCGCGACGCGAGCCCGGAGCCGGGGCGGCCGCCGGCCGACGGCGACGCGCGCGCGGCGCUCGCCGCGCUCCGCGGCACGAAGCUCGACGAGGACCAGGUCGCGCUCCUCGAGGCGGCGCUCGCGGGCCUCGCGCCGGACGACGCGCGGCCCGCGGACGACGCGCGGCCCGCGGACGACGCGCGGCCCGCGCCGCCGCCGCCGCCGCCGCCGCCGGAGCCGCCGCGGGCCGGCGGCGACGCGCCGCCGGCCGAGCCGCCCGCGGACGUCGCGCUCGCGCCCGCCGCCGCCGACGACGGCGCCGACGACGUGCCGUGA